CGGGCACAUAUCUUCCUUCCCUUCCCUCACCUCCGACCCAGCCAACACCGUGUAGCAAGCGAUAGUUAGCAGCCGCAAGACCUCCUAGCGCCCUGCCGCAAUACGGCCCCCGCGACCUCCCGCGUAACAUGUACUUGGUCAAGUUAGUCGUGUUUCUUCUCGGAUUCUCAGGUUGUCUCCUGGGCGCAGGGGCGAGGAGGGUUAACUUCGAUAGUUGUCUCGCCAACAUCAGGAGCGUCAACAUCAGCGACCCCGAGAUCAUAUCCUCGCUGGGUAUCACAGACAACUACGGCAAUCGCAUCGACGUCAACGAAGCCUUGCAUAGCCCUCGCUAUGAUUGCGACGAGUCAGACCCCCUAUGCUUCGUCACCGCGAUCUCAGUCGCAGAAUGCAACCGGUCGUGCGGCGAGGGUCCGGAGCCAUUCUCAUGGUCGACGUUCUCGCAGCAAUUUGGUGCAUGGCUGCUUCCCUGGCUCGCGCUCGUGUCGCAGCUGCCCUUCGGUGCACGCCUGCGCGUCGACAACCUCAUGUCCGUCAUGCUCGCUAUUGGCUCGCCCACCCUCGCUGGCUACUCCCUCGUCUUCACCGUGCUCAACUCACACUGGCUCACAAAGAGGUUCUACCCCUACCGCUACCCCAACCUUCGCCUCGCCGUACGCGCGCUCAGCAGUCUGCAGCAGUCACCGCUGCGCGUACACACCGAUGGGGGACUGCUCGCCUCUCUCGUCGCGUUGCACCACAACGACGAGUGGUGGUCGGAGCUCGUGCAUUGGCUAGAGUACACGCAUACGUGGUCCAUCUCAGCUGUGACCAACAUCCUCUGGGUCGUCAUCGCCUACGUCUUCACCGUCAUUAACGCCUUUACCGAGAUCAGCCAGGAGAUCAACGCGAAUGGGCAGGCCAAUGGCUCGCUCUGGCUCUGGCUACUCCCCAUUGUCGUUGGCUGGCUGCAAAUCUCGCCGAAGUGCGACGCAGACAGGCUGGAGAAAGCGAUGGACCACGCCAACAGCAGGGCGUAUGUUGCGACGGAGACUGGUAUCGUUGGGGCGAAGAACAUGCCGUUCAACUCGCACCGGCGAGCCCUGGACUUCUAUAGGGUUGGGCACGGCGCGCUAUACGACGACAUGCACGCGAGCGCGCCGAUCUACAACUACGCGCGCGUCUUCUCCUGGGCCCGGGCAUCGGAGACGGUUGCGCAGGCCUUUGGAGCCGCCAGCACGAAGAGGAAGCAGCAGGUCACCGUUGCGAGGGAUGGGCGCGACUUCCAGCAACCGACCAAGGACACUCCGCGCCCACGGUCUAACCGCGAGGGAACGCGCAGUGAUGUUGAGGCGUAUUGCUACACUGGCCGACCUGUACCGCAGUGGGUUUCCGGUGUUUGGACGCGGAUGGCGAUCGCAUCGGUCGCAGCCCUCGCUUUGCAAUGGGCAACAACUGGCUCCGCGGUGAUCAUCGUGUGGUACACGCCGACGACAGGCCUAGGGUGCCGGUCUGGUGCAUAUUUGCUCUACGGUCUCGUGUCGACCAUGAUUUGGUUCAUCAUGGUCCUGUCUAGCAUCCUCGCGCACUACUCCACCAUCACCACGGAACCCUACCAUAGUGAAGCACUCCCGAACAUCUCCUAUGAGCUGCCCAUGGUCGUCGAGUCUUCCAGCUCCGCCUUCGCCCCUUCCUCCGUCGAGUCAACGAAGCCAGAGAGACCGUACCCUACCAUCUCCGCGACCCUCGCCAUCGCUCUCCGGCGCAUGGGCAAGCUCCUCGCGAUCGCCAACGCCUGCUUCGUCAUCGUCGCCUGCGUCUUCCAGUUCAGCAACUUCUUCAACCGAUGUUACUGCAACAGCAGCGUCCUCGCACACGGCGCCGCCGCCUACGACGUCAUGGAGCUAACCGACAGCGAUAUCUCUGAUCUCAAGAGCGCCUGGACCGGCGGGGUCGUCCUCGCCACGGUGAUGUCCGCAGGGUAUAUUUUCUUCGUCAACAUCUACAUCAACCCUCAGCUUCCGGAGAACGACUUUCCAAGCUAAUUGACUGGUGUAGAGGACCGCUGAACGAUUAUCUAUUCUCUGCAUGGACGCAAUCGUGACUGGCUUCGCUUUUGUGUCCGAUUCAUCUUGCUGUUGGACUUCGUAUCAUCACCCACUACCUGCAUUUCGUUGACUGACCCUGCAUCCAUCUCCUCACCAUACGAUGUACCAUAUAGCUGAUCCUUCGGGAUGUAUUACUUGUAACACUAUGUACGACCAGAAUAGUAAUGUAUAAUUUGUGAACAGA